AUGGGGGAGGCAGCGAUUCUAUCGGAGAAGUUGAAGAGGUAUGGCGCGGUGGGAGCCGGCUUGAUCCCGGACUCGAUGGCCACACUCCGCCUGGUCGAGGCCGCAAAGAACGCUCCGUCGCAGGGCUAUGCAGAAGAGCCUCCUGCGACAUCCAGCAGCGCUAGCACAGGCAGCCGCAAGAUCUGGAAAAAGCCAAGUGGAGGAGUGCAGACGAGGCAAGACAUCCUCGAGCUGUUGGACGAAACCAUCCGAGUGCAGGGCAUUGUGCAGACUGAAAUCAGUCAGCUGGCCAGAAGCAUAGCGAAAGAGGCGAAGGCAGAGAAGCAGGAGGGCAAGAAGAAAAAGAAGAAGGCCCUCUCCAUCACUGAGGCUUUCCGCAGAAUCAAGGAAAUGCAGCUGCCGAUAGAUCCCCUGGAGGAGCUCAACCUCAGUGAGCAGGCCUUCCAAAAGCUUCUCACAGAGUACGAGCAGGACCAGGAGGUCUCGGCCAAGGCCCAGCUGCUCCUUCACCCGGAGCCCAAAGGCGACCUCGCCAAAGCCCGGAGUAUUGGCAUUGAGAAGAUCGUGGAGAUCCAUCAGUUCAUGGUGGUAGAGAUGCAGAAGGUUCUCACGGAAUUCCUGGCGCUGGAUCAGGAGACGCGUCGAAGCUUCAGCAACAAGGCAUGUGAGACCACUGCUGAACUUCUCGUGUCCGUGGCAGUGGAACAGCAGCUGGGCGUACACUGUGAGGACGUAGAGCAGGCCAUUCAGAUCUUGCCAGACGGAUCGUUGGGAAGAGCCGUAGAUGCCAAGCUCUGCUUCAACACGGUGCUGCACAGGUUUGCGCGCUGCACCGAGCAGCUCGCGAACAUGAUGCAGCACCUCACGGGUGCCGCCCAGCCAAGGGCCAACAAGGCAGACUUCCUGGAGGUUCUCCGAAACAUGGCGGACCACUCCCAGAAGGCCAAGGACUUCGCCAAGAAGGUCUACGAAGAGUACCGGGCGAAGACCUGUCCGGUUGCGGAUGCCUACCGCCGCUUCGAGGACUUUGCUGCCGAGGCGCCGGCUGCAAAGGAGGGCCUCGAGGACCUGACGCCCGUGGAGCUGCAGCUUUGCUAUGAUGAGUACCGGGAAGAUCCCGAGGUGCACCGUGCAUGGUCCAAAGCUGGAGUGGAGAACAGCAUCAUGAUGGCCAGCUGCGUCACCUCCCUCCUCAAGAACGAGGCCUCCGCGCCUCUGCCGGAGGACAAGAAGGGGAAGAAGAUGAAGACCUCGGAAAUCGUGGAGAUGCAGGAGCUGAUGGUGGAUGAGAUGAAGCGCCUUUCUGAGGCCUCGAGUGCUGCAGCCAAGGCCUCACCAUCCUCGCCCUGGCGAGCAGAGAUUGCCAUGCAGAUGGUGCAGUCGCUGGCAAGUGCAGCGGUCGAAAGAAGGUAUGGAGUGUCACCAGAGGAGAUGACAAUCGCCGGCAUCCAAAAUGCUCCCGCCUUGCAGAAGAACGAGCGGUUCGUCCGUGCUACGGAGAAGCAGCAGGAGAUCAUCAUGGCGGUGGCGCAGUUUUGUGCACAGUAG